AUGGCCGGCUUUAUUGCCAAACAGCUUAUUGGAAAUCAGCUUGAAUCUGUUAAAGGGGCACUUGGGGACAAGAAGGAUGAGGGAGGAUCUUCGGGAGCUAAACAGCUUGACCCCGAAGUAGAGGAGGCGCUGAGAGAGGCAGAGCAACGGCGCCAAGAGAAGCAUCGCAAAAUGGAAGAGGAGCGUGAAGUUAUGCGUCAAGAUAUACGAGACAAGUACGGAAUAAAGAAGAAGGAAGAAGAAAUAAACUUUGACGAAAUUAUGAUGGGUAACGACGGGCGGCUUGGAAGAAAGCGUAAAACACCGGCCGAACUCGCUGCAGAGGCAGACAAAGCAGCUGAAGGCGAGGAUUCAUUAUUGGGUAAGGUUACUGAAAACAUGAAGUGCUUAUAUCCAGUACGCAUUACCCCUUUUGUCUCACAAGCGAAUUUUACUUGGAAAGAACUGUUUGGACUGUCACAGCUCAGCCUUUGUCGUAAAAAAGAUAAAAAUAUUAUUUUCCCAUGCUUUCUAUGGCAUAUUAAAUCGGUUGCACAUAACUCGGUGCUUUUUAUUGCAUUUACUGAACAGAUGACGCGCAUGACCCGCAAUGAUACGUUUUAA